ACCCGUGUGAAGGGAAACAAGAGUCAGCCUCGCAAAAAGGAGAGUAGGAAAAAAGAGCUGGGGCGCGGACAAAAGAGAGAACAUGGAUGAAGCAGGAAAAUGUCUGUUUAAAAAGGCAGCGGAGCGGAGACUUUGGUCAUCCUGCACAUAGUCUGCCUGAUUUCUUGGAUGCAGUGGUUUAGAGCUGUUGCGCGGAAAGCUCUGAAGGCAGAAAGCUCUUUUUAAUCCGUGUGUGCAUGUUGCCAACUUGCGAUGGCUGUUGCAGGUCAAUGUAGCUGCAUAAAAGAUAACGUGCCUCUUUGUUUUUGUUUCCUCAUUGUUUUACUAAGUGGCCUUACAAAUGCACAAAUUCGCUACAACAUUCAGGAGGAGAUGGAGAGUGGCACUGUCGUUGGGGACAUUGCGCAAGAUCUCGGGCUGGAACUGAAAAAGCUCUCGGCGCGUCGGAUCAGAAUCAGCUCCGACAGCACGAGGCGGUACUUCAGCGUCAACCACAAAACUGGUAAGCUUGUUAUAAGUGACCGGCUUGACCGUGAAACGCUCUGUGAGUUCAGCGGCUCAUGCACUCUUAAACUCGACGUGGUGUUAGAAAACCCGUUUGAGCAGCACAGCGUGGAUGUUGAGAUUUUGGACACGAAUGACAACUCGCCACUGUUCCCUCGAGACGAGUACCAGUUGGAGAUCACCGAGGGUGCACAGCCAGGCACACGGUUUUCCAUUGAGGGCGCGCAGGAUUUAGACGUCGCAUCAAAUUCCGUGCGCCAUUAUCGCCUCACCUCAAACGAACACCUGGCGCUCGACUCAACCAAACCACCUGCAGACGGAGAGCACAUAGAGCUUGUGUUGAAAAAACCAUUUGACCGCGAGCUUUUGCAAUCGCACCAGUUUCUUCUCACCGCCACUGACGGUGGCUCGCCUCCACGCUCAGGCACAGCCAAAAUCAACGUGCGCGUUUUGGACACCAAUGACAAUGUGCCAGUCUUUGAUAGCUCCGUAUACAAAGUUAAACUGUGGGAAAACUCACCUGUUGGCAUGCUGGUGAUUAAAUUAAAUGCCACAGACAGAGAUGAGGGAUCCAAUGGAGAAGUGUUUUACUCAUUUAGCUCUUAUACGGCAGAUAGGGUGAGGCAGAUGUUUUCUGUGGACACUGAAAGUGGGGAAAUUCGAGUUAAGAGCAAUGUGGACUAUGAAGAAACCAACAGCUAUGAGAUGUACAUCCAAGCUGCAGACCGAGGCCAAGGGGCUGUUGCAGUGCACUGUAAAGUGGUGGUGGAGGUACUGGAUGUGAACGAUAACCCUCCUGGGGUUGUGCUGUCCUCUCUAUCCAGUCCGGUUCGAGAGGACGCUCGGGCAGACACUGUGGUGGCUUUAAUUAGCAUAAAUGACAAAGACUCUGGCCAAAACAAACAGGUCAGUUUAGACAUCAUUCCCCCUGACCUCCCCUUUAAAAUAAAAUCAUUCCGAAACCAUUAUACCAUAGUUACCUCAGCCUUUCUGGACCGAGAAACCAUAUCAUCAUACAACGUCACGGUUACAGCUACAGAUGGCGGAACUCCACCUCUUUCAUCAUCAAUGACAGUGCAAGUGGAAGUGGCAGACGUAAAUGACAAUCCGCCACGUUUCGAACAGACUUCGUACACCGUUUAUGUCUCAGAAAACAAUGCACCCAGCACCCCUCUGUGUGUUGUCAAGGCAACAGAUCCUGAUUCUGGUGAGAACGCACGCAUCACGUACACUGUUCUGAAUGACAACAACCAUGGAAUUUCUGUGACCUCAUAUGUUUCUGUGAAACCUGCCACAGGUGAGGUCUACGCAUUGCGUUCCUUUGACUUUGAAAAGUUGCGAGAGUUUCACUUCCAGGUCAAAGCUCAAGACAACGGUGUGCCGCCCUUGAGCAGGGUGGCGACUGUCUAUAUUUACAUCAUGGACUCCAACGACCAUGGUCCACAUUUCGUACACCCGGCAGCAAACAGCUCGCACUCCACAGAGACUAUUCUCCGAAGUGCUGAGGCAGGGCUACUUGUGAUGCGUGUGAUAGCUUGGGACUUAGAUGCUGGAGAAAAUGCCUGGCUGCUAUACAGCCUACAUCAUGCCCCUGAACUUGACUUAUUUAAGGUACACGAGCACACGGGCGAAAUCCGCACCACACGACGAGUCAUUGAGGACAAUUCUACCGUCUUUGGUCUCACAGUGCAUGUACGAGACCAUGGCCUGCCUCCGCGCUCCGCAUCAACAACUAUAAAUGUCGCUGUCAUGGAGCUCCCACCCAAAGUGGCCCCGGACCCCAAACGCAUCAUCCGGCCACACAGCACAAUGAUCUUCUCCAAUGUCACUCUGUAUCUUAUUAUCGCCCUUAGUGCCACCACCUUCGUCUUCUUGCUCACCGUUUUUGUCUUAGCCAUCGUUCGCUGCCAUGCCUACUGCAGCCAGCCUGAUGCUUGUUCAUGUUGUAGUUCCAAGAAGAAGAAGACGAUGAAGGCACCCAAAGAUGGUGGAGAAGGGGCUGUAGGUGGAGGAGGGGGUGGAGCCACAGGUGGAGGUGGCGGGGUCACAGUCCAGCAACAAUCGGUAGUGCGGAGAGACUUGAAAGUGGAGCCACACUACAUUGAAGUCCGACGAAAUGGCUCAAUGACCAAAACGUACUGCUACAAGACCUGCCUGACCGCUACCUCAGGAAGUGACACUUUCAUGUUCUACAAUACGGGACGGCCGCUGAGUGGUACCUGGGGUUCAGGGGCAGACCGUUUCUUCACAGGGCAGAGUGGGCAGUUUGUGCGCAGACUGAGCAUGCCCGACGCCACGGCCAUACAGGCUAAAGCACCCAAUACAGACUGGAGAUAUUCAGCAUCGCUCAGAGCAGGAAUGCAAAGCUCGGUCCAUAUGGAGGAGUCAUCUGUGAUGCAGGGAGCUCAGGGAGUUCUUGUCCAGAACUGGCCCACCGUGUCCAGCGCAGCCGAUAAUGAGGGUGGAGAGGUCUCUCCCCCCGUCGGCGCCGGAGUGGACAGUAACAGUUGGCAUUUCCGUUACGGGCCAGGUCCAGGCGGACCUCCUCCACAUCUGAAACCCGGUGAGGUCCCUCCCGAAGCCUUCAUCAUCCCUGGUUCUCCAGCCAUAAUCUCCUUUAGACAAGGUCAAGAUGGAGACGACAAGAGCGACUUUAUUAGCUUCGGAAAAAAGGAGGAGAAGAAGAAGAAGAAAAAGAAGAAGGAGAAAAAAGACAAACGAGAUAAAGGCAAAGAUGAUGAUGAUUAGAGAGACAGAUGGAGUUACACAUAUACAAGCUGAUUUUUUUUUUAAGACAGAAGUCUCAACAGAAGUCUGUAGAACAAAACUUGCAUUUAUUAAUCCUAAAAUCCAUAUUUUGGGCUCAAACAAGUAUAUUUUAAGUCAUUUUGUGUAAAGCUUUUAAUCAGAAGCUGUGAAGUGUUUUUCUGACAAGUCCAAUCCAAUUUGGCUUCACACGGAUAGUUGACAUUCCCCUUUCCCGUUAAUAAAAUAAUUUAUUAAUCUUGCCUUAAUGAGCUGAUAUGUGUUUGAUUAAUGUUGUCUAAUGCCUCGGGUGACCUGACAACCCACUAUUCCACAUAAAAGAUAUUCAGACUGAUGUUGGUACUUCUGUCUUAUUCGUCUCUUGUUUUUUGUUUUCCAAUCUUUUGGAUAGGGAGACAAAAUCUGAUUUGAAAUGUUAAUAAGCUGUGUGCCGCAUCCGAUGGGUUGACAUAUAGAACAAUUAAGAUAAACAUUAAGAAUGGAUUAAAAAAUUUUGUAAAGUGUGUGGUUAUCAAAGAGGGCACACAGUGUUGUAUAUAUGCAGGCUGAGCACAGCUGUACGUAACACAGUGAAGACACUAUAAUUAAUGCUUUUUGCUCACUCACUUCUCGUGGUCUGGGAUGGAAGUAACAUCCAGGGCUGGACUGGUAAUCUGGCAUACCGGGCAUUUUCCCGGUGUGCCGACGCACUUUGGGGCUGAUCAGGGGAGGACUGGCCAUCCUGAAAACCAAACGGGCCGAAUGGGCUGCGAUAAGCUCAAAUGAGCUGCCGUGUUAUGCUGAAUGGACCAUAAAACGGCGCCGCGAUAUGCAAAAAAGUACAGCGAACCCCCACCACCCCUCAACAACUGUUGGGCCAGUUGCUAUGUAAAAUCCCAGGCCGAUUUCUCUUCCCAGUCCAGCCCUGGUAACAUCCCUUGAAAAAAGGAGACGUUGAAACAUGUUUUCACAUCUUUAAAAAAAAAAGGUCUCACAUCCUGGACAUGUGAAAAACAGUGUUUUAUCAACAAAAAAAAGAAAGACAAAAAAUUUACAAUUAACUGAAUGAUGGAAUGCACUUUUGUUUUGCUGCUUUAAUUUUAUUACCAGCAAAUGUUCUCCAGCCCUAGUAUAUAUGUGAGCAAGUAGUCCCAUAUAUAUACACACACACAUAGUAUAUAUACAUACACACCUUAUAAACAGGGUCAAAAAUCGAUGCAUCCCAUGCGGCACCCAGUAUAUCUCCUGCUCUGAAAUGUUUCUAAAUCGGUAAAGCUUGAGAUAAGUUCACAAAGCAAUCGUGCUUUGGUUGGUUGGUUUAAGAGGCCAUUGAUGGAGCUAUAUGCUAUCCAUAAUGGGUUUUUGGAAGGUUAACCAACUUUCCAUUGCUCCAUUUGGAGUGUAAAUGCAGAGAUCGAAACCUCAUGAGCUACAGUAAACGAAAAGCUGAUGAGCCUGUUGUUUAAAGGGAUGGCUGAGAAUGUUUAUGCAUUGUGAACAGUAUUAAUGCUAAAUCACCAAACCUUAAAUACCUUUGAACCCAUAAACUAUCCUUAAAUAUCCUCUGUAGAUAUGGCAUGAGGGUUAUGCUGUGAUUUUGCGUGGCGCUGCUCUAUGUCUGUAGUUUCCCGUAUGACCUUCACCCUAAUUUUGUGCCUGCUUUCUCAGCUUGUUUCUGGGCAGUGUCCAGUGUAAUACUAUAUGAAACAGAGUCCUCUCCCUUCUGCUUGCUAACACCAACACAACUAACACAACAUGGAUAGGUUUUCAAAUUUGGGGAAAGAAGAGCAGGGCGCCAAUUUGAUAAGCUUUAAGUUAUUGCUUCUGUACAGAUCUUCUGUCUCUCUCUCUCUUGCUCUCUGCUGGGUAGGCUAGCUCUAGACAUUAUGGUGUACUCCUAUAGUAUGGAGUAAUGCAGACAAUGCCUGUCGAAUCCCCCACAGAGGACAGAAGCCGCUCCCAAAGCACUAUCAUCUGUAAAUGACCCAGUGUUGACAACCAAUCAACUUCAGCACUGUCACAUGUUAACGUAAAUGUAUAUUCUGCUGGUCUCACUUUGGUUUUUUUACAAAAGGGGGAGGGAACUGAGAGGAUGGAGGCAGGGCUAGGCAAGGGGUGGAGCUUCAGUAAGAGAAUAACUGUGGGGCUUGCCAAAUGUUUUGAUUUGAAUCGUUGUUAAAGGUGAAGUGUGUCAUUUCUGUGCCAUUAGUGUCACAAAACAGAAUGGUAAAACAUUUCAAACAGGUUUCCCCAUCUGCCAUUGGUCGUACAAACAGAUUGGUCCCGCCCCAAACAUAAACCAUUGGUUUUGAGCCAAUGUUGCUAUGUUUGGCUGUUUAGCAUGCUCAAACAAACAGCGUAAAGUUUUGAAAGUGGCACAGACUCACAGUGUUAACACCAACAAAUUGCUAACUCUAACAUCGCAAAAAUAAAACGCAUCCCCUUUAAAUUGUUAAAGCAAUUGAAAGUGUUAUUGAUGUACAUUCAGCCUUUUCAGUAGAUUCUACUCAUUGUAAAGACAACUUUGCAAUGCUAAUACACUUUACACCGCAACGAAUUGACUGUUGUCUCCGCCAUAGACUGUUGUCUUCGCCCCAUGCCUUUAAACCCGCUCUAGUUUCUGAUUAAAGCGGCUGUGACAUGUCUUUUGCUUUUUCUAUUGGUUCCUUCACUUGCCUGCCUUCCCUGUUGCCACACCUCCAAAAAACAUGUCUCAAACUGAUGUCAGUUUCUCAAAUGUGACUGCUGCAUGACCUUACCAGAAAGAAACACUUACUACAUAGAGAUAUAUAUGAAUAUAGAUAUAGAGAGCUAUGAUUUUACUAUUUUUCUUUAUCGUUUUUAUUCAUUCUUCACACAAGAGAUUUGUGUAUGUACCGUCUCUGAGCCUUUUACAUACUGACACCUCUUGCACCGACUUACAGUGGACAGUGAUGACAUUACUAAACUUUGGUAUUUGCAACUGCUCUAUAGUGUGAUGCCCUGAAGCUCUCAUUUUUAUCCUUUUGCUUUUUUGUUACGAGAACAAAGAUAAAAGACAAAAAAAAUGUUUUGUGUUUGGCUUUGACAUACUGAUCAAACUAGCACUGUAUAUUGUAGCUAUAUUAUUAUGUAUGAUGACUCUAUCCCUUCUCUUUCACUUCUUUGACAAAGAAACAAAAAACAGGGAAAUAUCCCGACGUAAAAUACAAUAUAUGUAGUGUAUGCUUGUGUCUAGUGAGCGUUCAUACGUCAUUCUUUCUUAGUGUCUGGUGGUGAUCAGUAGGUGGCGCUGUGCUGUCCAACCAAAUGGCGAUCAUCUGUUGUACAACCCUUCUUUUGUACACCUUCUCAUCAAUAUGUGGUGGUAAAUAAGUGACGUUCAUUACUCUCUUGUUUUCUCUUCUUCCUCAUUUUAUUUCAUUACAAUGGAAAAGUGGUAAUGUGUUUUGUUUAUAAAUCACAAAAAAUGAAUAAACUUUUCUUUCUUAAUAAUGU